AUGGAGGGAACUUACGGCAAAGUGGCCAGCUACUUAAGAUGUAUAACCAAAACCAGAGGGGAGGCUGCAACAAAAGCCAAGCAAGGUCUACAUGAGUUGGAGAUAAUUCUGAGUAAUCUGGACACGCUAGGCCUUAAGCUUCCAGUAAUAGUGUCUCUGGGAUUUGUUUACAAUACACAUCAGUUCUCAGGAAUGAUAUUCCAAAUCAUGGUGGACAAUAAAAAGAAAAAGCACCACUCACCAGACAUCUUAGCUGCUGGCGGUCGCUAUGACAACUUGAUCAAACAAUUUUAUUCUCCACUAUCCCAACCUGUAUCAGAGACCUCUCUUCACGGAGUUGGUGUCAGCAUAGCGUUUGAAAAGAUUGUCACAGCAGUACUGGAAUCUAGAGAGACGAAUCCUCCUAGCGCCUAUGACAUUUUGGUGUGUACUACUUUUGGACACAAGCCCAUGCUGAAGGAGAGAAUGACCAUUGUAAGAGAUCUGUGGGCAGCAGGACUCAGGGCCGAAAUCUACCUAGAUAGCAUGCAGGCACAAGAAGACAUACAGGACUUCUGUCGCAGUAAUGGAGUAGCCUUUAUGGUCACCUUGCAGGAGGGGGAUACUACAAUCAAGGUGAGAUCAAUAGAAAAGGACAAAAUUACGGAGAAGAAACUGACAGCAAAUAGUCAAGUGGUGGAUUUCCUACAACAGAAGUUGCAGGCAUCAUCUAAACAAGAGCAGUCAGAACCAAACCAGGGCACCCCUUGUAAGAAUAUAGCAGUCCUGAAUUAUCCUGAGGCCAACACGUCUAACUACAGCAGCAACAUGCUCAUCAACUUCAACUUUGUCAUCGAGAACGGAAAACUGGCCACAAAAUCCAGAUAUAAAUAUGAAUCUCAGAUAUUUGCCAAAGUGAGUUCUUCCUUUCCCUGGUUGCCCAAAAAAUCCAUAGAAGUAAUUGCUAUGGAACUGACAGCACCAGUGCUGAAGUGCAUUGUGGCAUUCUUAGAGGUGAAUGGCACGGAACAAGAGUUUGAGGACAGCAUAGGACUGGUGAUAGAUAAGUAAGAGAAAU